AAAAAGUCUGAGUUGAAUAAAAAGCUUUCAAAACUGAUUUUUUUUGUUAUAAUCCUUAUUUCAUAAUGUUACAUCUCACCCCAGAUCUGUUACAACUAAGCCGGACUAUGGGGUGAAUUGUAACAUUUCACUCUCUGUGUUUGAAACUAAACCACACAUUUUCUGUUUGUGCUGCAAAGAUAACAAGCUAUGUCAUUUAAUAGCUGACACCUGUAACUAGUUUUAAUCACAUUUUGAACACACUGGCUUAAAAGAACUCCAAGAUACAGACAGAAAUGUCAAAAAUGUUACAACCAUCCCCAGACUCCCGUAUAGGCAUCAUGAAAGGGAAUAAGAAUGAGGAAAAAAAAAAAAACCUGUUUUGAUUAAAACUGGUUGAUCUGGAUCUGUUAAAGCAGCAGUAGCUUCCUGAUGAAAGCAGAUAGUAAAUGUGAAAACGUUUACUUCAACUUGUUUACAACUGUUCAUUGAUAAUACAGAGAGAAGAUCGUCAUAUUUUUUAUGUAAAUAUGUUUAUGAACCUUCUUAUGUUCACUUUAAUAGCUGAAGUCCUGAGGAUGUGUGACGGGUUGGUUGUACGCGGUCCCUCUGGUCCUCUGGUUGUUCCUCUGGGCUCUUCAGUGGUUUUGCCCUGUUAUGUUGAUGAACUCUUACUAAUGGAGGGUCUGAAGGUGGAAUGGAGAAGAACAGACUCAGAGACUCUGGUUCAUCUGUAUCAAGAUGGAGAGAGUCAAGCAGAGGCCCAGCAGCAGGAGUAUCAUGAUAGAGCUCAUUUCUUUACUGAUCAGAUUCAACAUGGAAACUUCUCCCUCUGUCUGGACAAUCUGAGAGCUGAAGAUGAGGGAAAAUACACAUGUAGAGUUUACAGUCAGCAGGAAUCUGGAGAGACUGUGGUUCAAAUAAAAGAUGUUGAGCGUUUGCUAGUAUCAGGCUCAGAUGAGUCCAUAUCUGUGUCUGUGGGUGAAGACGUCACUCUGAACUGCUCUGUAGACUCUCACAUCACACCUGAACACAUUGAAGAGGUUAAAUGGAUAAAAACAGAUGAAGAUAUUCUGGUUCUGCUCUACGAAAACAAUAAGACUUUAUCAGAUUUAUCAGAUGAGCAAUACAGAGACAGAGUUGAGUUCUUCACUGAUGAAAUCCCCAAAGGAAACUUCUCUCUCAGACUGAAGAGUGUCAGAACUGAGGAUAAAGGAGUUUACAUGUGUCAAGUGUUUGCUGAAGGACUUUCAGCCAAUGCAGCUGUAGUACUGGAGAGACUGGGUUUCUCUGUUUCACACAUAAUGGUGUUGAUUCUCUGUGUUUCUGCAUCUGGAUCUGCACUUCUGCUCUGCUUCAUAAUCUACUGCAGAGCAUAUAACGAAGGUCUUUCAUGCCUAUAGAUGUCCAAAACAUUU